GCGGGGCCAAGGGCUUCUUCCCAGCCCGGCUCUGCAAAGAGGAGGUCUUGCAGGCUCCAGUUGAGUAUAAAACAGAUGCAAAUCCCGCAAGAAGCCACCGCACUUGUCAGCGGAUCUGGUGAUUGAUAAAGUCCCUGGUGCUCUGCACCGGUCACCUCCCUCAAGCUCCACGACUGAACGUCGGAGCCAACCCUCGGCCCCUUGCAGUCGGAACUUUUACAGCCGCGGGAGACCUGAAGGCGGUGGCAGCGGCCCAGGAAGGAGCAGCAGUGCCGGGGAAAGAAGUGGGAAGAGAAGACCGUUGUCUCCUGGGAAUCCAGCACUGAAGACGAGGAAAAUUCUUCCAAAGAUGGUCUCCCAUUCAGAGUUGAGGAAUCUUUUCUGUUCAGCUGAUGCAGUGUGCUUUGAUGUCGAUAGCACCGUCAUCCAAGAAGAAGGAAUUGAUGAGCUGGCCAAAUUCUGUGGGGUUGAGGAUGCCGUGUCAGAAAUGACACGGCAAGCCAUGGGCGGGGCAGUGCCUUUCAAGGCUGCCCUCACACAGCGCUUAGCUCUGAUCCAGCCCUCCAGGGAACAGGUGCAGAGGCUCCUAGCAGAGCACCCCCCGCACCUGACCCCCGGCAUAAGGGAGCUAGUAAGUCGCCUACAAGAACGAAAUGUUCAGGUUUUCCUGAUAUCUGGUGGCUUUAGGAGCAUUGUGGAGCAUGUUGCUUCAAAGCUCAACAUUCCAUCAACCAAUGUAUUUGCCAACAGGCUAAAGUUCUACUUUAAUGGUGAAUAUGCAGGUUUUGAUGAGACACAGCCAACAGCUGAAUCUGGUGGAAAAGGAAAAGUUAUUAAAUUGUUAAAGGAAAAAUUUCAUUUUAAGAAGAUCGUCAUGGUUGGAGAUGGAGCCACAGACAUGGAAGCCUGUCCUCCUGCUGAUGCUUUCAUUGGAUUCGGAGGAAAUGUGAUCAGGCAGCAAGUAAAGGAUAACGCAGAAUGGUACAUCACUGAUUUUGUAGAGCUUCUGGGAGCACUGGAAGAAUAAGAUCCAUUUUUAUAAAGUUCAUAACUUCAGGUUAAUUUUUAAAAGUUAUGCAGUUUGAUACUGUUUGCUUCCAAUUGCUGAUUACAACCCAAUAUAUGAAUUUGGUAUUGAUUAUCUGUACCUCCAAGUGAACGAUAGUUAGGGCUCAUAACAUUGUGGUUUGUUUUUUUAAACUGUAGUUCCAGUAUUAUUAUGACCAUUUAAUUGCCUGGAGAGUUUUAUAAUCUGAAUUCUUUAUCAAUCUAUCAAUUCUUUAUCAAUCAAUCAAUUCUAGCUAUGUUUGAUUUGAAGCCUUUGGAAGGUGGAUGGUAAAUUAAACACCUUCACUAUUGGGAAUGUGGAUUAGGCAGCUUUAAAUGAAAUUGGUUUUCCCUUUAUAUAUAAAUAAAAGUUUAUCCACAUAUCAAAA